AGUUAAAAAUACAAUCUGUGAAAAGAGCACAAUGAAGUCUUCACUUCUACAUCAGUACUUUAGCAUACUUCAGAUGACAGAAGCUACUGGUCUGAGCUGGCUGUCAACUGUCAGGAUGGCAAGGCUGUGGCACCUCCUGCUCCUGUGUUGGGCAUGGAGUCCCUUGUGCCUUCCAUCCCGUGUGAGCUUCAUUGGUACACCACAGGAGUGUGAAAAGGCUCACUUUGUCCCUGGUUACAACUUGGGUGGCGAAGGCUUUGACAUUGUGACGAUGGAGAGAAAAGGUGCCUAUGUGAUCGACACUGAAACAUGGAAGACUGGAAAUGGUACCUGUAGGAUGUACCGUAACCGUUACAUGAAUAGAGAGAAGCAGAAGGUCCCUGUUGCUGUGGUGGACUGGAGAACCCUACCCAAGUGCAGUUUGAAGAUCUCCAGUGUGGUCUAUGAUUCUGUUGAAACUCUUGUCAAUGACUCGACAUCAUCUGUAUCCAACAACUGGAAAAUUGGCCUUGACAUCCCGGUAGAUCCUUCAGUAACGGUUGGGGUUGGCUUUGGAGGUUCUCACUCAAGAGACUCUACCUUUGCUAUGAAAAAGUCAAAACAAGACCGCUACACCUUCUUACACCAUUCUAUCAACUGUAAAUUCUAUGGCUACAGACUGGCAACAAGUCCUCCAUUGAGUCUGGAAUUAAAGUCGGCUGUGGACUCCAUUCCCCCUUAUUCCUCUAAAACUGCACCAUUAUAUCACAAUCUGAUUGACACUUAUGGAACACAUUACAUCACACAAGUGUCUCUUGGAGGUGAAAUUAAAGCAACCACUGCUGUCAGGACCUGCAUGGCUACAAUGAAUGGACUAACAGAUACUGAUGUUAGUGACUGUUUGUCAGUUGAAGCUUCAGCUACUUUUGCAAAUUCUGCCCGUAUUAAAGCAGAGUAUGAACACUGUCAGAGAAAGAAAAAGAAGUUAGGGUCUAAUCAAAGUUUCAGCAGUUCAUUUAAUGAGCGACACACAGAAGCCAUUGGUGGAGAUAUUGAUGGAGGUGAUAUCCUCUUUGUAGGCCAAUCUGACCCCUCGGUAUAUAAAAACUGGCUCAUUUCUCUUAAAACUAUCCCUGAUGUGGUCCAAUACAACUUAAAGCCCCUACACACCAUACUGCCAUUAAAUCAUCCUGCCAGGGCGGGACUGAAGCGAGAAGUGGAGCAGUACAUUAAGAAAAAUGCAGUGCUGAAGAAAUGUUCAGAAACCUGUAAGAUUGGGCACCGAUCAAACGUAAGAGAUCCUUGUGCUUGUGUCUGCAACAGUAACCAGGAUAUCAAGUCAAACUGCUGUCCUGCUGGGAAAGGUUUUGCAACCUUAAAGGUGUUCAAACUUUAUGCAAAGGAUCUGUACGGUGAUGACUGGAGUCAAACAGAUGGUUCAGUGGAGGUGACGUAUGGUGAUCAGAAAAAGCGCACUGAUAUUAUAAGUAAUAAUGACAACCCUAAAUGGAGAGAAACAUUUGAGUUUGGAACCAUCACCAUCAACAUGAAAGACAAACUUACAUUUGCUGUGUAUGAUGAGGACACUUACUGGAACAGUGAUCUGUUAGGCGAGUGUUCAUUUGAUCUGCGAGCAGGGAAGGUGAGCGACAGCUGCAUGCUGAAUCAUGGGACCUUCUUCUUUUCCUACAUCGUAGAGUGUGCACCAAGUCUUAGUGGGAACCAGUGUCAGGAGUAUAUCCCCUCGCCCAUGAGUGCGUCUUUGGCUGAGGUUUUCCACACCAGAAAUGGGGUUCUUCUUGGAAAGAUGGGGAAUAAGUAUGAGAAGCCAGUAAACGUGUGAGUUUAAUGCUAGAUGUCAGUGAUGUAAGAUGAGUCAAUGGGAGAAUAAGGAUUUGACCAUAUGCUGAAUAUCUAUGUGCUUGUACUUCAUGGCAUUCUAUCUUUGACUUUUAUAUGCAAAAAUAUUUUUUUUAAUUCAGCCAUGCUUCUGGGCAAUGUAAUCCACUCUGUAUGCUUCUUUUCCAUAUUCGUUCAAAAAUCUAGCAAUAAAGCAUCAGCAAAGACAA